UGUGGCUCCGCCCCUGCGCGCCAGAGCCUAGGCGGGAGGGCGGAGCCCGGAGAGGGGAGCGCAGCUGCGGGCGUGUGGAGACCCCAGAAGCGGCGGAGUCGGCGCUCGGAGCCGCGCGGCUGUAGCGGGCAGUCCAGACAAAGGCGACGAUUGGGUCAGUUUUGAGUGAAACGUGGAAACCAACCGAGAAGAAAUCUUCAAGGAACAACUUCUGCUAAUGAAUCUUCAGAGUCACCUGUGUGUGUCUUACAGACUAAUCUUCACUCAGAGACAGCGGAAUAAGUGUCCCCAUUGAUGAGUGGUCUGAGUCUCGUUGUGCCUGUGUUCUCUGACCUGAAGCACAUGUGUGUGGUCAGGUCCUCCAGGGAGAACGUCCUCACUCUCCUUUCUUGCUUUUUUACACUGCCCUAGAACACAGCGCUUCUUUUCAUUCCCACCGACUUGGAACCAGUGUCUGUAGAACUGGAAGCAGAGAAAAGAAACAGUCAAACUUUCCUCUUAAUCAACUUGAGACAUUUGACUCCAAGAACAGAGGCACAGUGAAGUAAAGCUAUCUCGACAACCAUUCCUCACCUUGAGGGUGGACGUGGAGCUUCCUGGCUGGAGAUUUGGAGCCUUGGUGGUGCUCACUCAGGCCUUGGGCUGAAAGCAUGAGUGAAUUCUGGUUGUGUUUCAACUGCUGUAUUGCAGAGCAACCUCAGCCUAAAAGGCGGCGACGGAUUGACCGAAGUAUGAUUGGAGAGCCAACCAACUUUGUGCACACAGCUCAUGUAGGAUCCGGAGACCUAUUUAGUGGGAUGAACUCAGUCAGCUCCAUUCAGAACCAAAUGCAGUCCAAGGGAGGCUAUGGAGGUGGGAUGCCUGCCAACGUGCAGAUGCAGCUGGUGGACACAAAGGCAGGAUAGCCCUGGUCCCUUCGGUCUUUGUGAAUUUCUGUAUUUUCUCUGUCCACAGUUCUAUACUAUUUUUGUCUUGUGAUUGGAUUUCUUUUAUUUUUAUUAUAAAAACGAAGCGUGGCAGCAACCUGUUCACCCCUGUGAUCUCCAGCAAGACGUUCCUGCUCGAGGAAGGCGGCGUCAGACCGACGUGACCUACCUUGCCGUCAGCGGUAUGCAUGCCUGGGACUCUGACAGAGUUCUUUGGAUCGUAGCUGAAUUUUCAAUGUUUAAUCGACAUGGAUUGGAUCUUAGCAUGGUCUUUUUCGUGACUGCUAGCACUGUUUUGUAAUUUUUCAAUUUUAAACCUUUUCAUUGCGCCUCCAGCCCCUCUGCCUUAUGAUUUUACUGGUAAGCAAAGACCUGUAAUUACUGCCACCACUUAUGUAUAUUUUGAAGGCGUGAGACCCACAAGCACAAUAGUCCUUUUCAUCUGUUGGAAACUUGAGCGGAGCGCGCGUCUGCACACUCCAUGGUGCUGCUCAGAGGGGACCCCAUGGGACGCCAGACACCGGUGUCCUGAGCUGCUGCGGCUUGAGGAUGCUGCUCUCUUGGAGGAUGCUUUCCAUAAUCCCAGUGGGUUCUGGUCUGAUUAGAGCAGUGACAGGAAAGCAGAGGCAGCCACUUGGCUGUGAAUGUUCAGUGUAUUUAUUUGAGAGUAAGGACCUGUGAUUGUGAGCAGAUACCGUUUGUAUCUGAGUGUUGUGAAGCCCAUCCAGUUUCUCAGCAUCUUCGUCCUGUUAGCUCUUCUUUGUGGACCUGCCUCUGUUUUCUUUUAGUCUUUUGGUGUCCAUUUGUUUCCACGAGCUGUGUGUUGAGAUUCUGGCCUCUGCUGCCAGCUGGGACUUGCAGCCCCUCAGCCUUCCAGUGUUCCACUAGCUGCGGAGGCUGAGGCAGCUUCCAGCAGCAGCCUGCUGCCUGGCUGACCCACUGACAGGAGCCAGCCCUCACACUGUGUGUGCUUCGUCAGCGGCCUUUGCUCAGGUCCCAUUCUGUUCCUCUUCCCCGCCGAGUGUGGGUAGCUGGGCCUGUGGUCCAGGUUACUUUCCAUCUAACUGCCUUUGAUUGAUUAACAUUCACCCAGAAGAUGGGUCUUAACUGAAAUUAGAGCUCUGAAGGAAGGCACUUAGAGCCUUUUUUUUUUUUUUUUGAGAAGCUGUGAUCUUUUUCUGUUCUGCCUUUGCCUGUCCUUGCCCUACACUGAUCCUGUCCUGAGAAUGCUGACUGAAGAGCCACUGGGCUGAUGCAGGCAAAGCCGAAAGCAUUUCUCCUACCUUUCUUCUGACCUUAAUUUACCAGUAGGAACACUGGAUGACCUGAUCCUUUGAUUUUUUUUUUUUUUUUGUAAUUCUUACUGUUCAUAGGUGUCAUUCCCAAGCACAGACAGAAUCUGUCUAGGAGAAACAUUUAAUUCACUGUUGUCUUUAACUCACCAUGCGGACACUGCACUCUUGAGUUUGUCAUUCUGCUUAGCCAGGGCAAGGUUCCUGCCGGGCACUGCUGUGUGCAAACUCUUUCUGUAUGACAGACAGGGAUCUCUUGGCAUCAUCAGCACUGAUGGAUGGGACAGCACAAGGAGCCAUUGUCCCCUCCCCUGUCACUCUGUUUGCUGCUCCAAGGCCAGUUAUUAAUAAGCCAAAGGCUCGUGGAGCCCAUAAUGGUCCUGCAGCUGCCUCUGACCUCUCAGCAGUGAGACACUGUAUACAGUGCACCGCGCCGGUGCCCUGGAAGGUUUCAGUAAAGUCAAGAAAAUGUACAGAGUAACCUUGUACAUGAUGGUCUUCUAUGGCGGCCUAAGGAUGCUGGCAAAGGUGCAGGGAGGCAAGCUUCCCUCCUCCCUACAUGGGAUUGUAAACCUUGGGAACGCCUUUGUUCCCCAUAGUAACACAUCUCAUUUUUAAAUUGGAGCUAAUAGGAUUUUGUACCCAGAAUUUAUUAUAUUAAUACUUCUCUGAACUACGUGGUGACAACUAGUAAGCAAGAGAAACAGCUGACUGCAGCAGUGUGCUGGGCGUGGCUUCUCCAGUGGGCCUGGAAAGUUUGUCCAUUAGCUUCCUUUGGUUACUAAUGGAGCUGGUGUAGAGAGCAGCAGCCUUGACCUGUUCAGUGGCUUCUGCUGAGCACCAGAAGACAAGAUGGACGUAUUUUUAUAAUAUAAGCAUACUUUUUUUGUACAUUGUGUUCAUUCUUGAAUAAAGUGAGCUCACUGUUGGCUUGUAGAUAUUAAAAAGAAAGUAUUGAUUUUGAUUCAAUAAAUGUUUUCUUUUA